AUGAAGGAGUUGGAUUUGGACCAAUUUACUACAAUAGUAUCUCAGGAGGGCAAAUCAAGAAACAUUUCUUGGACUGUUGAAUAUUUUCCUAGUAGUAAAGUUUACUACAUAUAUCAUGUUUAUAGCGAUCAGCUGUCAAAAAAAUUUCAAGUAACUGAAACAUUACGAAUUCCAAACAAAAAAUAUGUAUACCAUACUCGACCCUUUGAUUCUGUGAACAUUUUGUUCGAAGUGAGGAAUAUAACAACAGAAGAUGCCGGAUAUUACGUAGGAGGUGGAUCAGAGGAAGACGUUUGGUCGCAGGGAGGAGGAGUUGUUCUCGUCGUUUCUGGAAAACCAGAGAAACCUAAAAUAAGAGGAAUCCUGGACGUUAAGGUUGGAUACUACGCGUACUUGAAAUGUGAAAGUAGAUCUACUUCUACUCCUCACUAUUACAAAAAGUUUUCGCCAUUAUUAUAUUUCUGGUUUGUUAACAACACCAGGGUUAAGAGGGAGGAAAGAGAAAAAUACAGAAUAAUUGUAACCAAAGAAGUUAAAUACAACCGAUACAGUUGUCAGGCAAAAGAAACAAUUGAAUCAGAAAGAAGUAAAGAAACUCGGAUUAACCCUUUGUAUGGUCCAGAAAGUAUUAUAAUAACCCCAAAACCUCUUAAUGAUACAAUAACACUAAAAGACGGGGACCCAUUUGGUCCGUACAACUGUUCAGCUGACUGUAAUCCACCUUGUACCUUGCAGUGGAAGUAUAAACAUCCGUCAGGAGAUUUUGCAAAUGUUACAUCCUAUGGCAUUUCUCCAUUAUCUUUACCAAAGCAAAUCGCAGAAAGAACUAGGAUGACUCUGAUUCGAUGUGUAGCCAGCAACAGUGAAGGUCGUAAGACUGAUGUCAUCAAGUUAAAAAUUCUAUAUUUAUUGGACCCCCAAGUGUACAUCAAUGAAAUACUCCAAAAUUCAUCAACACUGAAUGAAGGUAAUCCUCUAAGUCUUAUAUGUCACAUUGGGGGAAAUCCCACUCCAGAAGUCACCCUCAGAAAACACACUGGCAACCAGAUUCUUUGGCAAAAACAAUUAAACUACACGUUGAAAACAGAUGCUCAAUGUUCUGACACAUCUACUUACAGCUGUGAUGGAAAAUCAACCGAGUUUGGGAGCAGGAGUCAAUCAUUCUAUAUCAAUGUUUCCUGUGAACCUCGCCUUGAUAACUCCAAUUUAUUCAAAAGCAUCUGUGGGUCAUUGAGUGGCCCGGACGUUAACGUUCAUGUUAGUUUGCCUUUUAUUGCAAAUCCCUUAACAUCUUCAUCAGGGUUCACUUGGUCAGGACCUACAUCGCAUUCCAUAUCAACUAAAAUCUCACAAAGAGAUAACGUUAUCUACAAGCACUGGAUCAACAGCACCAUUCCUAUUCCUGAUCGGAGAUCUUUCGGAAAUUACUCAUUGAAAUACAAAAGAAAAGUCAUCGCUAAUAUAACAAUUAAAGCUGAAGAUAAACCUCAGCCACCUUUGAACUUUUCAUGGUAUUCCUACGAUAGUGGUUACAUCAAUCUUACCUGGGUAUCAAACUUUAAUGGAGGACCAGAACAAAUCUUUAUCUUGUCAAUGAAAGAAGGGCCCAAUUGGAGAGUUGUUAAAAAUCUGACAGACCCUGGGGAAGGUAACAUGGGAUAUUAUGACCUAGGAUCUUUAUCCCCAGGACACGAAUACUUGUAUAGACUGGAGAGCUGUAACAGAAUCAAUUGUUCUUUCAGCCCCAGGAAAGUUAAAGUCAAAGUUCAAGGUGUAGUAGCUUCUUUCAUGUUACAAACUCUGCCUGCCUCGUCCUUUCUGUUUGGUAAUACUACAAUGAUAAUUGUUAUUGGGGCUUCCAUAGCUGCUUUUGGCCUUGUUGUGAUUCUAACAUUGGCGAUGACGAUGUACUGUAAAACGAAAAAGUCAACCCCGAAGAAAAGAAACACUGAAGAAAGACUAAGUGGAUGUAAGCAGACAGAUAAAGCUACAGAACAGGAUAAUACUCCAGUGGAAGUUGUUGUGUACGCUGCUGUUGACAAGGCUGUCCUGCUUAAGAACAGACAAGAAGAUGACGUAGCGGAGAGUGAUACCAUCAAGAAUAAAAAUGAUGACAACGGAACCCUGUAUUCAGAAAAUCAGGAUGGUUUAGUUUACAUCGAUGUUGAAUUUACAAAAAAGCCACAAAGUUCAGAUACAAACGGGAGACCAGUCAUACACGGAGAAGAAGAGAGGACAGAGUACACGUUCGUGGAUUUCUCUAAAAAGGCACCACCAAAACAGGAACAGCAAGAUAAUACCACGUGA